AUGGAUGAAAAAUGUAUCAUAGAGUGUCAGAAGUUAUCAGAGAAAAGAAAACGAAAAAAUCAUAAAUCAAAAAAUCUUGAUAAAAAUCAAAGUAUUUUUGAGGAGAUAGAAAAUUCCAAUCCUUUUGAUGUCUUAAAAAAUGAUAGUAAUAGCACAGAGGCAGAUUUUAAAAAUGUGAUAAAUGGAAAGCGAACAAAAAAAGGAUCAGAAAAAAAAAAAUAUCCUACUAUAAAAAUAACAAAUCGGUCUCCGGAAAAGUAUAUUGGAAUUGGGGAUUUAAGAGAUGUUGUUUUAUGGAUUUUUGGAAAUAUGUCAGCACCAUCAUGGAUCACUGCAACGAAUAAAUCUUCUAUUAAAAAAAUUAUCGUUUUACUUAUACCCGGGCUGGAUCCUACACUUUUUAAUCUUGAUAUAGGUCCAAUUCUUACAAAUUCUCCUGUUCUAUUAGAAGAAUGUUGCCCAGAUAAAUUGAACGCUUUUAAAUUGAUUUUUUCUCAUGUUAUUCCUACUCGUACACCUGGGGAAAGAUAUAGGAUACAUUCUCCUGUUUCUUCAUUUCUUCAAUGCCCUUUAUCAAAUGCAGAGAAAAUUGCUCAAAGUGAGAAAUUAAAAAACAAAAUUCAAAAUAAAUCACCGGAAGAUUAUUUAAUGUCUCAUUCUGAACUUGUUGAAAGAGAUUAUCCUUUACAUAGUAUUUUUCCUGAUUCGAAACCUUUGCCUAGUGACUGGAAAGAAACAUAUAUUCCAAGGGAUUCUAGCGACAUUCAAGGUUCUAAAAAAAAAAUAUUAGCUUUGGAUUGUGAAAUGUGUAAAACAAAAAAUGGACCAGAAUUAACUAGAGUAACACUUGUUGAUUGGGAUUGUCAAACAGUAUAUGAUGAACUUGUUAAGCCAGGUUCUCCAAUUAUUGAUUACUUAACUCAAUAUUCUGGAAUAACAGAAGAAAAAUUAUCUAAUAUAACAACAAAAAUAACAGAUGUUCAAGAAAUGUUAUUAAAAAUAAUUGAUAAAAAUACUAUUAUUGUUGGUCAUUCACUUGAAUGGGAUUUCCGGUCUUUGAAAUUUGCUCAUCCUUAUAUUAUUGAUACAUCUUUUAUUUUUCAACAUACUAGAGGUCCUCCUUAUAAGCCUGGUCUAAAAUGGCUAGCUCAUAAAUGGUUGAAAAGAGAAAUACAAAAAAAUGUAUUAGGACAUGACUCUAUCGAAGAUGCUUUGACAUGUAUAGAUUUACUUAAAUUAAAAUUAAAAAAUGGCCCCGAAUUUGGAAUGUUUAAUAUAGAUAAUGAAUCUAUUUUUUCAAAAUUAGAAAGAUCUGAUGAAACAAAAAAGUUUGCUAUCGUAGAUUAUGGGGGUCCAGGACAAUGGUAUGGGAAUUCUUUGAAAACCUUUGUUUCAUGUUCUUCUGAUGAUGAAGUUCUUGAAGGGAUUUUGAAAAAUAUUAAUUCUCAUGAUUUUAUAUGGGCAAGAUUUAGAGAAUUAGAAUAUACUCUAGGAUGGUCGAAAAAUGCUACAACAAAUAAUAUGGAAUCGGUAGAUGAUGCAUUUAAAAAUCUUAAUGAAAGAAUAUAUAAGUUAUAUACAAAUUUGCCAAAAUGUACAAUAUUAUUGGUAUAUAGUGGUACAGGAGAUCCGAGGGAAAUGUUAAAAUUUAGUUCUAAAAAAAAUGCAUUUAACAUAGAAUUUAAGACUAAAAAAUGGGAUGAAUGUGAAAAUAAAUGGGAUGACAAUGAUAAUGAGAAGCUCGCUCUGGCUACAAAUAAAGCGCGCCGAGGGAUUAGUUUUAUUAUGCUUAAAUAA